AUGUCAUCGAGAUCAAAUUUAAAAUUAAAAGAUUAUCUUUCUGACGAUGGAAAACUUGAUUUAUCAAUUCUUAAUUUAAAAUCAGUUCCAAAUAUCAAUGAUAUUUUAGCAUUACGUAAAGUUAAAUCAAUUGAUUUAUCAAACAAUCAAAUAGAAUCAUUACCCGCAUGUAUUCAUACACUUGAUUUAUCAAGAAAUCAUCUAACAACGUUACCGGACAAUUUUGGUCAAUUAAAAUCUUUAAAGCAACUUGAUUUAUACAAUAAUCGUAUAGUAGAUUUACCGAUAUCAUUUUGUGAAUUAGCAAAAUUAGAAUAUUUGGAUUUAAAAGAUAAUCCACUUGAUGCUAGUUUACAGAUUCAAGCUGGUAAAUGUUUAAAUAAAAAAGAAUGUCGUACAUGUGCACAAAAAGUUAUUCAAUACUUUGAAAUUCGUAAAGAAGAAUUUGAAAAAGAACAAGCUACGAAAUUAAAAAAGAAACAAGCAAAUGACAAAGCCAAAGCAAAAAAACGUGAAAAACAAGUUGAAAAAGAACGAGAAGAAAAACGUUUGAAACGUAUUGAAAAUGCUCAAAAACGCGCAUUAGAAAGAGACGAACGAGAAAAAGAAACAAAUAAAAAUGAAAAAAAUAACGAAAAUUUUGAAAACAAAAAAUCAAAUAAGAAUCAAAACGAACAAGAAGAAGAAGAAGAAGGAUUCAUAUCGCAAGCAAUUGAUGGAAUUCUCAAUGGUCUUUUACUUAGUCUUAUGACAUUUUUUACCUGGCAUCUCUAUCAUAGUCGACACCAACCUCUUAAUUUUUAUGAUUUUUAUAAACAUGUUUGA